GCGGCAGUAGCUGUAGCAGCUUCAGCGAAGCCGGAGAUGGGCAGAGAGCGCGCGCGGCGCAGCAGCUCCAGAUUCACUGCUCUCCUCUGCAGCUUCCCGCGCCCCCGCCGCUGUCGCUGCCUCGGUGUCCCCCGGCUCCAGUCGCGCUCUUAGGACAGCGCCGCCACCGCCGCCUGGCCCUGCCUGCCUCCUGCGCCGCGCAGCCCUCGCGAGCGCCCCGGAUGGCGCUUUACCCCUAGGACCGGUUUAGAAUGUAAUAACUCAAGGAUUUGAUAAUACAGUGAAGUAGUAUAACAACUGUCUAUGUGCUUCCCAUGAUAUGUUCUCUAUAUUGAAAAAUUAUGACAUCAACAUCCAAAGGAAUUCUUCGCCCAUUUUUAAUUGUCUGCAUUAUCCUGGGCUGUUUCAUGGCAUGUCUUCUCAUUUACAUCAAACCUACCAACAGCUGGAUCUUCAGUCCAAUGGAAUCAGCCAGCUCUGUGCUGAAAAUGAAAAACUUCUUCUCCACCAAAACUGAUUAUUUUAAUGAAACUACUAUUCUGGUGUGGGUGUGGCCAUUUGGGCAGACCUUUGACCUUACAUCCUGCCAAGCAAUGUUCAACAUCCAAGGAUGCCACCUCACAACGGACCGUUCACUGUACAACAAAUCCCAUGCAGUUCUGAUCCAUCACCGAGACAUCAGUUGGGAUCUGACAAAUUUACCUCAGCAAGCUAGGCCACCCUUCCAGAAAUGGAUUUGGAUGAAUUUGGAAUCACCAACUCACACUCCCCAAAAGAGUGGCAUUGAGCACUUGUUUAACCUGACUCUGACUUACCGCCGUGAUUCAGAUAUCCAAGUGCCUUAUGGCUUCUUGACGGUGAGCACAAAUCCCUUCGUGUUUGAAGUGCCAAGCAAAGAGAAGUUGGUGUGCUGGGUUGUGAGUAACUGGAACCCUGAGCAUGCCAGGGUCAAGUAUUACAAUGAGCUAAGCAAAAGCAUUGAAAUCCAUACCUAUGGGCAAGCAUUUGGAGAAUAUGUCAAUGAUAAAAAUUUGAUUCCUACCAUAUCUACUUGUAAAUUUUAUCUUUCCUUUGAAAAUUCAAUCCACAAGGAUUACAUCACGGAAAAGCUCUACAAUGCUUUUCUGGCUGGCUCUGUACCUGUUGUUCUGGGACCAUCUAGGGAAAACUAUGAGAAUUAUAUUCCAGCAGAUUCAUUCAUUCAUGUGGAAGAUUAUAACUCUCCCAGUGAGCUAGCGAAGUAUCUGAAGGAAGUCGACAGAAACAAUAAGUUAUACCUUAGUUACUUUAACUGGAGGAAGGAUUUCACUGUAAAUCUUCCACGAUUUUGGGAGUCACAUGCAUGCUUGGCUUGCGAUCAUGUGAAAAGGCAUCAAGAAUAUAAGUCUGUUGGUAAUUUAGAGAAAUGGUUUUGGAAUUAAAAUUUUUCAUCACCUGCACACUUGAUAAAUAUUUUGAUGAGAUAUCAUCCAAGUAUUGAGGAUAAGAAGAGAUGCAACAUACUACUUUUGUGUCACAAUUUAUUUUUAUCACCCUCUCUAGGGUAACAUGUAUAUUCUGGUGGAGAUUUUUAAAAGCUCAGCAUGAGCAAUCAUUCCAUUCGGUUUUAAAUUAUCCUGUAUAUACCUAAUUAUGUGCACUGGAGAGUAAUUUAUUCUUCAUUAUCAUUUGUAAACAUUGUUUUUUCACAUUUUUGUAGUUGUCCAUAAUGUAAGCUUGUGGUUUGAUUAUUGUUUUUACACUGAUCAGCUGUUUAAUCUAUUUGGGAAAUGAAGAUGCACAUCUUAAAGUAUGAAAAAUUUUCACUAAGUAUUACAAUGUCUAGUUCCAACUUUGCAUACUAUAACAAAGGAAGAACAUGUUGCGAUUGAAUUCUAACCUCUUUGACUCCGAAGUUGAACGAAGUGUAUAACUGUCUCUAUUUGAUCUAUUUUUUUAUCUGUUUAUCACAUUUGUGAAGGUGAAAUUAUUCAUGGAGUGAAUAAGAAAGGUAUGAAGCAGAACUGUUCUAUUCAGGAAGCUAUUAGACUUCCCAUUUAUUUUCAUUAAGCUGAUUUGCAGCUACUUAUUCUCAUGGUCUUAAAUUAAAUUAUUCAAGUAUUUUUAAAUAUCCAAUUUGUUGUGAUUUUCAGCACCUGGGAAGUAAUCCCAAUAAAACUUUAGAAAAUCUAAGACAGUGCUCUUUCUGCUAUUGAUAACACUCAUUGUCAUAAUAAAACAAAUAAUUUCCUCAAAUUACAAAGAAAAAUGAUACCUAUAAAUAUAUUUAUAAAUGGUGUCAUUUAUGAACGUUUAAUUACUUAUCAAUUUAAGAUUUUUUUCUGAAGCCCUAAUAUUUAAAACAGUCUUAUUUUACCAUAUGGAUAUAAGAUUUGGCUCAUAAUGAUGAGCCCUAUCAUUUAAUUUGAGUUCUAUCAUUUAAGAGAGCCUAAAUAAAAUUAUCAUCAAGGUAUUAAAUAUAAGAUGUUAAAUAUAAUAAAGUGGGGAUAUAUAGAAAACACAGUGUUAGCACAGAGUAAGAUCUCAAUGCACAUUUGUUGGAUGAAUAAAUAAAUGCAAUUGAAUUCACAGAAAAAUGAUUGUUUCAAGGAAGUGAUAGUUCUACUUUAAAAGUACUAAUUGGAGAUGACUUUUAUAUCCCAUUUUGGUGAUUAUUCAUACAUAGCACAUAUGACCAUGAUGUUCAGGCCUUUACAGAACCAAAAUAAACCUACCAUUACAUGAAAA